AUGGUAGGUAUCUUGGUUGAUAAGGACCUCCGUGAACUAGUGGUGGAGGUUAGGAGGGUGAAUGACAGGCUGAUAACUAUUAAGCUAGUUGUUGGAGGUGUUACUUUGAACAUAAUCAGUGCGUACGCACCCCAAGUUGGCUUGGAUGAGGAAGUCAAGAGGCAUUUCUGGGAGGAUUUGGAUGAGAUGGCGCGUAGUAUCCCGCAUACCGAGAAUCUUUUCAUAGGAGGGGAUUUUAACGGCCAUAUUGGAGCGAUGUCUAGGGGGUAUAAUGAUGUGCAUGUUGGCUUUGGUUUUGGUGAUAGAAACGGAAGAGGAACGUCUCUGCUGGACUUUGCUAGAGCAUUUGAUUUGGUGAUAGAAAACUCGAGUUUCCCGAAGAAGAGGGAGCACUUGGUCACCUUCCGGAGUUCGGUGACUGAGACUCAGAUUGAUUAUUACUCUGCAGGAAGUCCAAUAGAGGUCCUGGUUAUGAACCUUGAGAUCACGAGGAAGAGGAGGAAGAAGGAAAUGUAUAACCAACAUAGGAUCAAGUCGGGAGCCUUGAUGGAAGCUAAAGCACAGGAUUUGGGGGUCAAGUUGUUGACUAUGGGGGCUUGGAAGAGUGGUGGGGACGCAAGUGCUAUGUGGACCACAAUUACGCAGUGCAUUAUGGAAGCCGCGAGAGUGGUAUUAGGGGUUUCAAAGGGUUACUCUGGUGGUCACAAGGGAGACUGGUGGUGGAAUGGAGAGGUGCAAGGAAAAGUGGAAACCAAGAAAGCAGCGUAUCUGAAGCUAGUGGAAAGCGUAGACGAGGAGGAGAAGAGGGCGAAUAGGGAGCAUUAUAAGUUGGCUAAGAAAGAGGCAAAGCUAGUAGUUACGACAGCCAAGAUGAUAACUCUUAGUCGUUUGUAUGAUGAACUCGAGGGCUGA